CAAAACAGCUAUGUUAGCUGCCCACUCUCUUUGAAAAUUAUUUCUUCUCUCUCUCUCUCUCUCUCUCUCUAGAACGCCAUAGCCAACAACACCAACGAAGAAAGAGAGCAGAGCAGAGAAAUUCCUUGUUCCUUCUCUUUCACAUUCAUUUUCCCAUCACUUUCUUGGGAAAAUUCACCGAUUCCUCCCUUAAUUUUCCCGGAAAAUCUGAGAUCUCUCUCUGUUUAGCCUCUGUUUGGCGGCGGCGGAAGAAACAGAGCUGAAAAAAGAAUCCUUUUUUCUGUUCUUUUCCUCCCACUUUUCUGUGUAAUGCUGGAAUUAGUGGGUACCCAAAUAGGGUCUUGCAGCCCCGUCGUCACAGAUCGGGCCGCCGCCGGAGAUCUGACAUUUCUCGAUUCAGUUUGUAAAUCCUGAAAAAACCCAGAAGAAGGAACCGGCGUUGAAGCGGGGAAGAUGCUGAGAACAAAGACUAAACCCCCACCGGCGCCGCCGACAAACGCCGAUUUAAGGCCGAUGGAUUGGGAAAUGAGACCCGGUGGAAUGCUAGUCCAGAAGCGAACCGACUCCGACAAAACCUCUGUUCUGGCUCCGACAAUACGUGUCCGAGUCAAGUACGGCUUAGUGUACCAUGAAAUCCCCAUUAGCUCACAAGCUAGUUUCGGGGAGUUGAAGAAAAUGUUGGUGGGUCCGACAGGGCUGCACCAGCAUGACCAGAAGCUGAUAUACAAAGAGAAAGAGAGGGAAUCUAAGGCAUUUCUUGACACUUGCGGCGUUAAGGAUCGGUCCAAGAUAUUGCUUGUUGAAGACCCAAUUAGCCAACAAAAAAGGCUGCUUGAGAUGAGAAAGAAUGCCAAAUUGGAAAAGGCUUCCAAAUCCAUUUCCCAAAUCAGCUUGGAGGUCGAUAGGCUCGCGGGUCAGGUUUCAGCGCUCGAAUCGGUGAUUGGAAAAGGCGGGAAAGUGGCAGAGAAAACCGUGUUGAAUUUGAUCGAGUUGCUUAUGGAUCAGUUGCUUAAAUUGGAUGGGAUUAUGGGGGAUGGAGAUGUGAAGUUACAGAGGAAAAUGCAGGUGAGAAGAGUGCAAAAGUACGUUGAAACUUUGGACGUAUUGAAGAUCAAAAACAAAAACCAAACUCCGAUGCAAGUUCAGGAGAGGAAUUCGGAUGCGAAACGAGCUCCGGAUCAUCGUGAUAGACAUCCGAUGGAGCCCUCAACGGGGGAUUUAUCGACAUCAGAAACAGUUGUGACGACGAGAUGGGAGAUAUUCGACGGGAUGCCACCGUUGGUGGCAACAUCAUCUUCAAGUGCAAUCCCAGCAGCAGGCAACAGCAGCAGCCAUGUUCAGCCCAAGUUCAGUUGGGAAUUUUUUGAUUGAAAAAAUUGAUUGUGUAUUAUUAUUAUUGUCUGAUGUGUGAUUGAGCUUUGUUACUUCUUCUGUUGGUUUGCCUUUUCUUUCCUUCUAUUCUUUUGUGUACUUAGCUUUGCUUAGGACAAUACCCUUUGUCAUUAACUUCAAUAAUGGGUUUCUUUUUAAACUAAGUUUGAGCUA